UUUCCAACACACUAAUUACAGCCAAAGCUAAAGGAAUAGAAAAAGCUCAAGUGGAAAACAAAAGAAACAACAAAAACUCCAUUGAAGGACCUAGACAAGAAGAAAAUGAAGAACCAGAGUAAAGUCCACUAUAAUCUUUCAAGAACCAUGAACUCUCUAAUCACUCUCCUCUUCUUCUCAAUCCUCUCCACCUUCAAAAUCUCAAAUUCAUCUCCAUUAAAACCACACCCACUUCCAAUCUUACCCAUCCCUUCAUCCCAACAGCUCCAAUGGCAACUCGGAUCCAUGGCCAUGUUCCUCCAUUUCGGACCCAACACAUUCACCGACUCAGAAUGGGGCACCGGAAAAGCCAACCCAUCUGUUUUCAACCCGACCCAUCUCAACGCAACCCAAUGGGUCCAAAUCGCUAAAGACUCAGGCUUUUCCCGCGUCAUCCUCACAGCUAAGCACCACGACGGGUUCUGUCUCUGGCCUAGCGAAUACACCGAUUACUCCGUCAAAUCUAGCCCCUUUAGAGGCGGAGCUGGCGACGUCGUGGCUGAACUAGCUGCUGCGGCGGCGGAAGCUGGAAUUGGACUUGGUCUUUACCUUUCUCCAUGGGAUCGUCAUGAUCCGUGUUAUGGCAAGACAUUGGAGUAUAACGAGUUUUACCUGAGUCAAAUGACCGAGUUGUUAACAAAUUAUGGAGAGAUUAAAGAAGUUUGGUUAGAUGGUGCUAAGGGAGAAGGAGAGAAAGAUAUGGAAUAUUUCUUUGAUACUUGGUUUAGUUUGAUCCAUCAGCUUCAGCCCGGAGCUGUUAUUUUCUCUGACGCCGGUCCUGAUGUCCGGUGGAUCGGUGAUGAAGCUGGACACGCUGGUUCCACUUGCUGGUCACUCUUUAACCGAACUAAUGCCAAGAUUGGUGACACUGAUCCUUUGUAUUCUCAGGAAGGUGAUGGCUUUGGGCAAGAUUGGGUACCAGCGGAAUGUGAUGUAUCGAUUCGACCUGGUUGGUUUUGGCACGCUUUGGAGUCUCCGAAACCGGCUGUUCAGCUUUUGGAUAUAUACUACAACUCAGUUGGAAGAAACUGUCUCUUCUUGCUUAAUGUGCCUCCUAAUUCUUCAGGAUUGAUAUCUGAACAAGACAUUAAGGUUCUUGAGGAGUUCCGCGAGAUGAAAAAGUCUAUUUUCUCGAACAAUCUCGCCCGUAAAGCCUUGGUUAACUCGAGCAGUAUUCGUGGCGGUCAAGUUUCACAGUUUGGUCCUAAGAAUGUUUUGAAAGAAGGAUUAGACAAGUACUGGGCGCCAGAGGAGAAUGAGAAGAAAUGGGAGUUGUACUUGGAGUUUAAAGACUCAGUUAGUUUUAACGUUUUGGAAAUUAGAGAACCGAUACAUAUGGGUCAGAGAGUCGCGUCUUUCCAUCUCGAGACGCAUAACACUGUAAGCGGGAAGUGGGAGAGAGUUGUGAGGAGCACGACGAUCGGGAACAAAAGGCUAUUACGGUUUCCGAAGGUUGAGUCGCGGUCUCUAAAGCUUGUUGUGGACAAAGCGAGAGCCGACCCACUUAUAUCAUACCUUGGAAUCUACAUGGACAAGUUUUCAGUUUCAAGUGGAAACACAACAAAGAUAACAACAAUCACAAGGACACUCAAGGAGGAGCAACAACUACAUGAUUUGUAAUAAACAACUCUCAAGGAUACACCACAUAAGUGUUUGGUUUUCCUCUAGAGUAUCCUUUUAUGUGCAUCACUUCAUAUAUGUGACAGUAUGAUUGUCAAUUCUAAAGUAAAUAAUAUGAUGAAUCCUUGUA